GUAAGCAAGUGUCACACAUAAAUGCAAAUGUUUAUUUCUUUAUUUCCCGGUUGCUAAAGAAAUCCUUCAUCAUCUUUUGAAACAGCACAAGUCGUUAUAAAAUGACGGCUUUUCCAGGAAGUAUCGCCUUUGACGAGUUCGGGCGUCCAUUUAUUAUCAUUAGGGAUGAAGAUAAGCAAAAAAGGUUAACUGGUAGCGAUGCGCUAAAGUCUCAUAUCUUGGCGGCUCAACAAAUUGCCGGAAUACUACGAACAUCGUUAGGUCCGAAGGGUUUAGAUAAAAUGUUAGUAUCGCCCGAUGGGGAAGUGACUGUUACAAAUGAUGGUGCAACGAUUCUUAAAAAUAUGGACGUGGACCACGAAAUUGGGAAGUUGUUGGUUCAAUUGUCUCAGUCUCAAGAUGACGAAAUCGGUGAUGGCACAACUGGUGUGGUCGUACUUGCCGGAGCCCUUCUAGAGCAAGCAAGUGCAUUGUUAGAUCGUGGUAUCCAUCCGAUUAGGAUAGCGGAUGGUUUUGAGUUGGCCUGCCAGAAAGCUGUGGAGCACUUAGAUACGAUUGCAGAUCUCUUCCCAGUUUCAUCCGAUAAUAUCGAGCCUUUAAUUCAGGUCGCAAUGACUACCUUAGGAUCGAAGAUCGUUAACAAAUGUCACCGGCUAAUGGCCACCAUUGCGGUACAAGCAGUAUUAGCAGUUGCCAACUUGGAAACCAGGGAUGUAAAUUUCGAACUAAUUAAAGUGGAAGGAAAGGUCGGUGGACGAUUAGAGGAUACCGUACUAGUAAAAGGCGUGGUCAUCGAUAAAACUAUGUCGCACUCGCAGAUGCCUAAAGAGUUGCAUGACGUUAAACUCGCAAUUCUUACCUGCCCAUUUGAACCCCCAAAGCCGAAAACCAAGCAUAAGUUGGACGUUACCAGCGUGGAGGAUUAUAAAGCUCUUCGUCAAUACGAACAAGAUAAGUUUAUUGAAAUGGUUGAUCGUGUUAAGAAAGCGGGUGCGACCUUGGCAAUUUGCCAGUGGGGUUUCGACGAUGAAGCCAAUCAUCUUUUGCUGCAACAGAAGUUACCGGCAGUUCGUUGGGUUGGCGGGCCAGAAAUAGAAUUAAUCGCUAUAGCAACUGGUGGUCGAAUUGUUCCUCGUUUUGAAGAGCUAAGCACAGAGAAACUUGGAUCGGCUGGCAUUGUUCGCGAGCUCAGUUUUGGGACCACAAAGGAUCGUAUGUUAGUCAUCGAAGAUUGUUUAAAGUCUCGCGCGGUUACUAUAUUAGUUCGGGGCGGAAAUGCGAUGCUUGUUGCAGAGGCUAAAAGGAGUUUGCACGAUGCUUUGUGUAUUGUGAGAAGUUUGGUGCAGGAACCUAGAGUGGUUUAUGGCGGUGGAGCGGCUGAAAUUGCUUGCAGUUUGAAAGUCGCCGCUCACGCAGAUCAGUUGGCUACUUUGGAACAGUAUGCGUUUAGAGCUUUUGCGGAAGCACUAGAAUGUAUUCCAUUGGCACUUGCAGAGAAUAGCGGUUUAUCUGCCAUUCACGCUCUGUCUGAAGUAAAGGCCAAACAAGCAAGUACUGGUAAUUCCAACCUUGGUAUUGAUUGUAUGCAGACUGGAAACAUUAACAUGAAGGAGCAGCAUGUUAUUGAAUCUCUCAAAUCGAAACGUCAACAGUUUAUUUUAGCAACUCAACUUGUCAAAAUGAUACUAAAGAUUGACGAUGUUCGUUCUCCGAGUGAUAGUCGUCAAAUGUAAAUUUAGUUUGCCUGUAUUACCUACUCAUCAAUGUAUUAACCAAUUUUGAGUUUUUUACUGUUCAUAAGUUGCAUUCAUAGCUUUUACUACAAUAAAUUAUUUCACACAUUUUUGCUAA